GCGCGCCGCUGGCACAACGGCAAAACAAGCAAUCUGCUAGCGUCGCAAAAUGACUGACUUCUCGUAGCAGCCGUCUAUACGACAACAUCUGCACUUGUUAGUUAUAUCGCCAGCGUUUCAAGUACAAUUUGAGACUGUAAUUCGAGAUUAAAAUAAGAAAAUUUUCUUCACAUCAGAAAAUAAGGCAAUAAAGUCGUGAUAAACUUUAUCCCGCGUAAGAGACAGCAUGUGCGCCAGUGAUUAAAAUUUUUAUAUUGUGUAGCAUUAUGGCGAGUAAAAACGAAUUACCGGCUGGAGAGAUUGUGUCGCCGGUUGACGAGUAUGUCCGGGAACAUAUCGUUUCUGGCAUUGUGACCAUUUCCUUAGUUAUUUUCUUAUGGGAACUCUAUCUAACUUUCCGUCAGCGAAAAUUGGUUCAAAGUCUAGUCGAGCCACCAAAAGUCUUGGACGGCGUAUUACCAAAAGAAACUUACGACAAAUCGAGGACUUAUUCUUUGGACAAGAGUACUUUCAGUAUCAUUGCCGGAAUCUACUCAAUAACUUUGAACACGGCCUUCCUUGUUUUUUGGGGACCAUUGCUAUCGUGGGAAUAUGGAAGAAAACUAACCGAAUCUUGCGGGUUGGAUCCUAACAACGAGAUUUAUGUGACUGCUGGUUGUCAAACCGUUAAAAUGAUCAUUUUUACGAUUUUGUGCGAUCUGCCUAUUUCCAUUUAUGAAACCUUUGUUAUCGAAGAGAAACACAAAUUUAAUAAACAAACUGCUGGAUUCUUCAUUAAAGACCAACUCACUAAGCUUAUUGUGUCAUACGUAUUGAUUGUACCACUGAUAUGCGGUAUUGUUUGGAUCAUCAAAAACGGCGGUGACUAUUUCAUCCUUUAUUUGUGGAUUUUCACCGUGGUUAUGAGUCUCGUUCUUAUGGUGAUAUAUCCAGAAUUUAUUGCACCUCUAUUUGACAAAUACACUGCGUUGCCAGAAGGAGACUUGAAAGUGCGAAUCGAAGCUCUAGCAUCUAGUCUUGGCUUUCCUCUGUACAAAUUAUACGUAGUCGAGGGAUCGCGAAGAUCGUCUCACAGUAACGCGUACCUUUAUGGUUUCUACAAGUACAAGAGGAUCGUACUGUUCGAUACUCUCGUAUACGAAUAUCAAAAAAAGAAGGCUGACGAAGAACGUGAGAAGGCCAGGGCUAGCGGCAAAGAAGAAGUGGAAGAAAAGGAGAUUCCGGGCUGCGAAACGGAUGAAAUUAUUGCUGUGCUCGCUCACGAACUCGGGCACUGGCACCACAGUCAUGCACUCAAGGGCUUCCUCUAUGGACAGGUGAUUUUCCUUGUGAAUUUCGUAUUGUUCGCGCAACUAUUGCAUUACUCGCCAAUGUAUGAAGGCCUCGGUUUCACCGAUAGUAAGCCGGUAUUCAUCGGACUGCUAAUCGUAUUGAACAACAUUCUCGCACCUGUGAAUAAGCUUCUGUCAUGGGCUAUGACUAUCAAUUCGCGAAAAUUUGAAUUCGAAGCUGAUCGCUAUGCUUUGGGUUUGGGACAUGCUGAGCCACUGAAGCAGGCCCUCAUCAAACUGCACAAAGAUAACUUGGGCUAUCCACUUUACGAUAAACUUUACUCCAACUGGCACCAUAGCCACCCUCCUCUUCUCGAACGACUCGAUGCACUCAAGAAGAAGGUCGAUUAAGUGUGAAACGUCAAUAGCAAUUAAGGCGCGUUAAUUACCUAUCAAGACUAAUUAACGAAGAAAAAAUUAAGAUCAAUUGAUCGAUUAUACAUCAUAUUGUUACCAUGUAUCAAUAAUAGUAAACAGUAAGCGCAUCUUAUUUAUUACAUUAAAAAAAAAGAAAUAAACUGAAAUACGGAUGGUG